CAGAACAGUAGUAGAGCGUGACAGAAGAGUAGCUGAGGGAUUUGGUGAGUGAAGCGGAAACAUCAAUGGCUUCCUUGUCCGUAGCAGCAACCACUUUCCACGUCUCCGCAUUUCGCAACCCUUCUCCCUCUCCCUUAGCCUUCGCCCGCCCCGGCCGUGUAUCGCUGCUGCCUGCCGCCUCUCGCCGCUCCUCAAAGCCGCUUCUGUCAAAGCCUUUCGCUUCCUCAAGUGGAAAGGAGGCUGUUUAUACUGAUAACGCUCCAGAAGCAGUGGGGCCUUACUCUCAAGCCAUCAAAGCAAAUGAUCUUAUUUUUGUAUCUGGAUCUCUUGGUCUUGAUCCAGAGACUGCGGACAUGAUUUCGGAUAAUGUGGAGGACCAAACAGAGCAGGCUCUAAAGAACAUGGGGGAAAUACUCAAAGCAGGUGGUGCUGACUAUAGCAGUGUUGUUAAGACUACAAUCUUGUUAGCUGAUUUGAAUGACUUCAACGUAGUGAAUGCGAUAUAUGCUAAAUAUUUCCCAGAUCCAUAUCCAGCCCGUGCAACUUAUCAGGUGGCAGCAUUACCCAAGGGUGCAAAGAUAGAAAUUGAAUGCAUAGCAGCAUUGUAAAGUCCCAAGUCUUGGCUAUAAUCCAGCUUGUUGGGCUGUUAUAUUUAAUAAUAAUAAUAAUAAUAAUAAUGCCAUGGUUACAUGUCUAGACCUUGUACACCAAGUCUUGGCUAUAAUAAUCCAGCUUGUUGGGCUGUUAUAUUUAAUAAUAAUGCCAUGGUUACACCUUCUUGUUGAAA